AUGAUAGGCAGAAGAGAGUCCUGCUCUUUAGGACAGAUCCUGAUGGCCGACCUGAGCUGCCUUGCCUACGUGCUGGAAGAAUGGACUGCUGUGGAGUACUUGAAGAAAUACUUUUUUCAUCUGGUCAUCAUCUCACUGACAAUCACUGCACUAUUAGUGGUUUUCAUAGUUCCUUUAAUAAUUGUCCUUUUCAUUUACCUUUCUAGUGUUUUGCUUUUAAUCUACCAGAGGAACGGGGAGCUACAAGCCGAUCCCUUGAGCGACGUUUGGGAUAGUGCAAGGAAAACUAUAGCAAGCUUUUGGGAUAUAUAUGCAAGAGUAUGGCAUGGUUAUGAACUGCACGGUGUGGAAAACCUACCAGAAGGACCAGGAAUUGUGGUGUAUUACCAUGGAGCCAUUCCUAUAGACUACCUUUACUUCUUGUCAAGGCUGUUCCUCUGGAAGAAGAGACUUUGUCUGUCAGUAGCUGAUCAUUUUGUCUUUCGUUUACCAGGACUUAAGUUGUUAUUGGAAGUGACAGGUGUCAUGCCAGGUACAAAGGAGGAGUGCCUUGUUGCACUGAAGAAUGGAUACUUGGUGUCCAUCUCACCAGGUGGAGUUAGAGAAGCACUGUUCAGUGAUGAGAGCUACCGGCUCGUGUGGGGGAAUCGAAAAGGCUUUGCUCGGGUUGCUUUAGAAGCAAAAGUGCCCAUCAUUCCAAUGUAUACUCAAAAUGUCCGGGAAGGAUAUAGGAUGUUUAAAGAAACAAGGGUUUUUAGGCAGCUGUAUGAAAUCACUCGGCUGCCCCUCAUGCCUCCGUACGGGGGGCUCCCCGUUAAGCUUCGCACAUACAUCGGGGAGCCAAUCCCAUAUGAUCCCAAUGUAACUACAGAGGAACUGGUGGAGAAGACCAAGACUGCUGUCCAGGCUCUCAUAAGCAAGCACCAAACAAUCCCAGGGAGCACAUGGAAGGCUUUACUGGAGCGGUUUGAUAAGCAUUAUAAAAGUGAUUAG